UACAUAUUCACAGUCGUCAUCUUGACUUAACAUAGUUGGUCAGCAGAGUAGAGCCAACGGCAAAAUAACGGGAACGAGUUCGGUUUGGACAUUAAAUCAAACGAGGUUCAACGCACCGAGCGUGGAAGCGGCGACACUUGAAACACGGAACGUUAGGCUAUAACGCUGGCAUCAUCUGCUUCCAUUUCCUGGCAUCUGCAGAUGCAGGAGUAGCCAGUGAAGAACUGAAAUCAAAGAAGCAGCAGAGAGACAGGGAUGAAGAUGCUCUCCAUGUUCCUCCUGGACCUCCUGAUCCAUCCCAUUAGCUCAAUUUAGUUUUUUUUUUUUUUUUUGUGGAAAAGUUGCUAACGCACAUUUUUUUAUUACCUCUUGCUUGUUGUCUGUCAUCUGGCAUCUUUACAGAACACCAAUACUUGCUACCACUCUUUUAUAGACAGACGGUUAUUAGUUUAUUGAAAUCAUGGCAAACAUGUGCCCGUAUGGCCGCUUUACCCACGCCGUGGUGCGGGGCAUCCCAGAGACCUUUGGGAAAGCAGUGGGAGAUGGUGGUAAGAACGGGGAGACCUCUGUGGACCUGGCCAAAGCUCAGCGUCAGUUCGGUUGCCUGACAGGAGCCCUAAGGCAGAAGGUGGGCCUGCAGCUGAUCGAGAUCCCCCCUGACCCCGAGCUGCCAGAGAGCUGGAGGAUAGAGGAUGUGGCAGUCAUCCAGGGAGACACAGCGCUCAUCACCAGGCCCUUCAAACAGCAGAGACGCAGUGAGGUGGAGGCAGUGAGGAGGGUGGUGUCAGAGCUGAACCUGACUGUGGUGGAGAUGGGGGCCGAGGAGGGGGGCUCUGGAGGGGCCACGCUGGAGGGCAGUGACGUCCUCUUCACAGGGAGGGAGUUCUUUGUUGGCAUCUCCUCCCACACCAAUCACAGAGGGGCUGAAGUGCUGGCAGACACUUUCAGGGACUUUGCUGUUUCCACUGUCCCCGUCUGUGGUGGAGCCCGUUUGAGAAACAUCUGCUCCAUGGGAGGUCCAGACACAAUCAUCAUCAACAACAGUGAUGGAGCCAAGAAGACACUCCGGAUGAUGGAACAGCUGACUGAUCACCACUAUGAAGUGCUUACUGUUCCAGAGGAAUCAGCAGCAAACUGCAUCUACAUCAAAGGUCCAUCUAAACUGGACUUCCUGCUCCACCGGCCUGCAGAGGAAUGUCCUGACAGCGUCUCUGCCUUCCAGAAGCUACAAGACUACACCCUCCUGCCUACAGCCUGCAGUGAGGCCUCCAAACUGGGAGCGUCCCUGUCCUCGCUCUGCCUCCUCAUCAACAGAAAGCACACAUAUUUCUGAAAAACACUUCUAACCAUCAGUAUGUACACAGCAUUACCUGCACAUGUUCAUGGUGGGGUGAAGGGGGGAUUAAUCAAACACUUUCCACAGAUAAAAAUUCCGGUCUAUUUAUUUCUAGGGGGAAACAUUGACACACAGCAUCUGUAACAUCUGUUAACUGACUUACUGUAAGCUGAUUCUAAGCACGCUAGUUUCCUCACAAAACCACUAAAUUCUACUGUACUUAAAUUGCUAAGACUUUUCCAGUUUCUGCAGCCCACCACUGAGCUGACAGAAAUGUGAAACCAAUGUUGGUACCAAGUUUGACUUUAUAAGUUUUUAAUGUUACCUGGAUAAACAAAAGAGAAACAAUUAAGUUUAAAAGUGACACUUGCUUAACAUAACUGCUUACAACCAACAGAAAAUUUAAGACACCAAGACCUGCAGAUUAAACAUGGUACACAUUCAUGUCUACAGAUUUGUAACAAUGUACAUCACCUCUUGUCCACAAUCAGUUGGUAUCAAUUUCAAUCCUCUAAAGUUUAACUGACACUCAAUUACAGGAUGUGUAGCUGCUCAGUAUAGAAAUGCAGUCUUUAAAACCAAUUGUUUUAGCUUUCUUGUGUGUGAAUGUGUAUUAAGUUUAGUGAAGUCAGUAGUUGGCUUGUGUAAUCUAUGUCUGUUCACGAACCAAAACUUGUGUGUAGAAGUGCAUAAAAAUAAAGGACUCGCAC